AUGGCUGCUAUUAUGGUGUCUAACAAGCGAAGAGAACUUCGAAGUUAUCGAGAUCUCCUUGUCCAACAAGCUGCCCAGCUUCGUAACUGUUUAGUUCCUGGACAGAUUCCUGAUAUCGAGGUUAGCUACUCGACUGGUCAUCUUCUCUUUUUAUUCAUAAACCUUACAUUAUAUCUUGAGUUCCAAUCCCUUCCCAAUUGGAUUUUGUAUCGAGUUAAAGACUUUACGAUUCUUAAAGACCCCUAUUGCUGUUCUAGACUGGCUUGA